GGGCUCCUGGGUAGGCAGGCAACAUGGGGAAAGGUUUCUUUAUUAGUAAAACUGUUGGGAUUUUGGGGAUCAUCAUAGGUGUGGGAGCCUUAGCCUCAGUUGUUCCCUCACAGGAAAGGGGGAAAAACAAUCAUAGAAAUGGAGAACCAACAAUCUCCAAACGCCUUGCCACAUCACCCACUGAACCUUGGGACGAGUAUCGGCUGCCCAAGAACCUGGUGCCAGAGACAUAUAAUGUCACCUUAUGGCCAAGACUGACUCCAGACCCAACAACUGGACUUUACAUCUUCUUAGGCAAUUCCGUUGUGGACUUUGAAUGUGUGGAGGACACUGACCUGAUUCUUAUCCAUUCUAAUAAAUUGAAUUACACCAAAUUUGAGAACCAGUUGGCAAGACUCAUGCCAGUGAGCAGUGUUGAAGCCCCCGCAAUCAAGUCCUCCUGGUUCCAAGAUGUCACACAGUACCUGGUCCUGGAGCUGGAUGGUACACUGAAAAAGGGACACAAGUAUCGCCUCUACACUGAAUUCAUUGGAGAACUCGCUGAUGACCUUGGAGGCUUCUACAGGAGUGAAUACGUGGAGGAUGGAAAGAAAAGGGUCAUGGCUACCACCCAGAUGCAGCCUACAGAUGCCAGGAAAUCUUUCCCUUGCUUUGAUGAGCCAGCUAUGAAAGCUUACUUCUACAUUACGCUGAUCCAUGACCGUGGAACUACAGCCCUGUCCAAUGGCAAGGAAAUAGAAACAACUGAAAUCAACCUUGAUGGCCAGGAUCUGCUUAAGACAGUUUUUGAGCGAACAGAGAAAAUGUCGACUUACUUGUUGGCAUUCAUUGUCAGUGACUACGACUAUAUCGGUAACAGCAUUGAUGGCGUUGAGAUCCGCAUUUUUGCCCGGAAGUCCGCCAUUGCAGCUGGUCAAGGACAGUAUGCCCUUAGCAAAACUGGACCAAUCCUUAAAUUCUUUGAGCAGUAUUACGAUUCCAAGUACCCUCUACCCAAAUCUGAUCAGAUAGCAAUCCCCGACUUUAAUGCAGGGGCCAUGGAAAACUGGGGUCUGAUCACAUACCGGGAGACAGCUCUACUGUACGAUGAAGCAUUCUCCUCCAACGCCAACAAGGAAAGGAUCGCUACAAUCAUUGCUCAUGAACUGGCUCACAUGUGGUUUGGUAAUCUGGUGACACUCAGAUGGUGGAAUGACUUGUGGCUGAAUGAAGGCUUUGCAUCCUAUGUUGAGUACUUGGGAGCAAAUUAUGCUGAACCUGACUGGAAUGUGGGUGAUCUCUUCGUGCUCGGUGACAUUCAGAAGGUGUUUGCUAUUGAUGCCCUGGUUUCUUCUCACCCUCUGUCAUCUAAAGAAGAAGAUAUCAAGACGCCAGCACAGAUUAAUGAGCUGUUUGAUUCUAUUUCAUACAGCAAGGGAGCAUCUGUCCUCAGGAUGUUGUCAGAUUUCCUGACUGAAGAUGUCUUCCGGCUGGGUCUGAGGUCCUAUCUGACUCAAUUUAGAUUUGGGAAUGCAGUCUACACAGACCUUUGGAAUCAUCUGCAAAAGGCUGCUGAUUCUAGCAUGUUAGAGCUUCCUGAUACUCUUGAUAACAUAAUGAACACCUGGGUGCUGCAGAUGGGCUUUCCUGUGGUUACCAUUGACACUGAGACUGGAAGUGUUUCCCAGCAGUACUUCCUUCUGGAUCCAGAAGCUGUAGUCACCACUCCAUCCCCCUUCAAUUAUCAAUGGACCGUUCCAAUCAAAUGGAUGAAGACUGGCACUAUGCAGAAUCCACUGUGGCUAACAUCCAAAUCAGAAACAUCUGAAGCUAUGAAAACAUCAGGAGAUCAGUGGGUGCUAGCCAACGUCAACAUGGUUGGUUACUACAGGGUUAACUAUGAUGAUGGCAACUGGGCAAAACUCUUAAAUGUUCUGCAGAGUAAUCAUCAGCUCAUUCCACGCAUCAACAGAGCUCAGAUAUUGGAUGACGCCUUCAAUCUGGCCAGAGCCAAGAUCAUUUCUACAGUGCGGGCGCUUGAAACCACCAAGUACCUGAAUAAUGAGAGAGAUUACAUUCCAUGGAAGGCAGCCCUUAACAACCUGGACUUUUUCUACCUCAUGUUUGACCGCAGCGAAGUGUAUGGUCCCAUGCAGGAAUAUCUCGGGAAAAAAGUCUACCCUCUGUUUGAAUACUACAAGCAAAUGACAGAGAACUGGAGCAAAGUCCCUGAUGGACACUUGGACCAGUAUAAUCAGGUGAACGCAAUUAGCCAGGCUUGCAGGACAGGGUUGGAGGAAUGCCAAAACCUGGUCAUGAAAUGGUUUCAAGAUUGGAUGGUUACUGGCACCAACAGGAUCCACCCUAACCUGCGCUCUGCUGUGUACUGCAAUGCUAUUGCAGCAGGUGGCGAGAAAGAAUGGGAUUUUGCUUGGUCACAGUUUAAGAAUGCCAAUAUUGCUAUUGAAUCUGAUAAACUUCGCUAUGCUCUGUCCUGCACCAAAGAACCUUGGCUGCUCAACAGGUAUCUGGAAUACACUCUGGAUCCAAACAUGAUCCGAAAGCAGGAUGCCACCGCCACCAUUGUCGACAUUGCCAGUAAUGUGGUUGGUCAGUCUCUGGCAUGGGACUUUGUCAGGGCUCAAUGGUCAUACAUCUUCAAUCAGUAUGGUGGUGGCUCAUUCUCAUUCUCCAACCUCAUCAACGGCGUCACCAAACGUUUCUCCACUGAAUUUGAGCUUCAGCAGCUGAAGGAGUUCAAGGCUGACAAUUCCGAUGUUGGUUUUGGCUCUGCCACCUUAGCACUGGAUCAAUCCAUUGAGAGAACCGUCGCUAACAUUAAAUGGGUUGACGAGAACAAGAAGAGUGUUCUGGACUGGUUCACAACUGAAGCUAACGCCCAGUGAAGAAGCUGUUUUUACUUGUUCAUCAUUCAAUUAAAAAUAAAAACAGAGUUUCGAUCGAAAUAUAUAUGAAGUACAUUUAAUUGUUAAACCUUUUAUGUUAUGGUUUGGGGCGUAUUACAACUUUUAAGUCCAAAAAUGUUUUAACUACUUUACAAAACAGUUUUAGACUCUUGUGUAUGAAAAUAGCUUUUAUACAAGACUAGUGGAGGAAAAAAAUAUAACGAUGCCAGAUUUUCAUAGUGUAGACUACUGAAAAAGCAACUGGUUUUCCUCUUAAUGGUGAAUGUAUGUAGUGUAACUUUACUGGACUAUACAACGUGUCCUCAGAUUGUAUCUUUCUUUCUUUGUCUUUAUUCUGAUUAAUAAAGUUUCAUAAGUACAA